AUGGAGGGCGCCCAAAAGCCAACGUCUGCUAUUGCUUACGCCGGGCCUCUCCUCACCCCAGUCACCUCUACCAGCACUCCAUCCACACCUCGUCUGAGGAAACGACAAAAGGAGGGCUCUUCUGAAGAUGACGGACCACUGCUGCUUGGGGAUAACGAGAUUCACAACGAGGACUACAGAUGCGGUGGUCCAUCUCUAGUUAGACUGCCUGCCCAGAACAGACACCUUGCGAAGAAUGAUGAAUUUCUUCUUGCGUACAAGGAAUUGGAAGAUGCUAUCAUUCAUGUACUCCAUAUAUGGAGCAUCGACGUGCAGGGUAGAACUCCUCUCCAGAGAGCUCACCAGACUGAAGGCUCAGUUACUUGGGUCAAUACUAUCCUCAUCUCAGCGCGUAAACAUGAACUCAGCAACACAUGGUUCAGGGCCUGCAAAGAGAUCAGACAAAUCCUUCUCGACAACAACCUAGGUGAUGUAUCUCUUGAAAUGAUUGAUGAAAGAGCUUCUCAGCGCAUUUUAUCAGCUCCAGUGCCGCGUGAAGACCCAUUUUGUUCCAUGUGGGAAGAUCUUCGCUCACGGAUUUUGAACAUUCUUGGAGAUAAGGAAUGGACGAUGCUGUCGCCGCAGAAACGUGGGAUAUCUGGCGGGAAUACUCCUGUCACGAUCGUCAUUCUCGUAAGAGAGGAUUCUACCUCUGAUUGGACGGUGGUCAGAGAAGCAAUCGUGGAGAUUCUAGACAGCAUGGAGUUACACCAUGUUGCCGUUGAGCUGCGUCGUGGGUCGCUUCUACAAUUCCACACUCGCCCAUCAGAGGAAGGAUUUCUCACCAAGGAUGACUGGAGUUUUGAGCCGUGUAUGGGUGGAAGCAUUGGCCCUCAUUCAUCAACUUUCUCUUCCUUUACCUUCGGAGGCUUUGUGGAAGUACAACAUCCUUCCGAGGGAUGGAAGCUCUAUGGAUUGACGAAUCAUCACUGUGUCACUGCCCUCAACUCCACUGCAGACUGGGAUAAACAGGGAAUUAUGCCGGGUGAUCCAGAAAAUAAUCUUACCAUUGACUACCCAAGUCUUGACGACCACCUUCUUGCUAUACAACACUAUAAGGCAAAAAUUGAAGAACUCAGUUCUUCAGAGAGUUACGUUUCGAUAAAGAAACGUAUGGACGAACAUGACCCUUCUGUUUCGCGCAACGAGCAGCAUGCUUAUGAAUGCACUCGGACUGAAAUCUCACAUUUGAAAAAUACAUUGAAUCAUGCUCACAGGUAUUACCUGCGUGAUCAGCUGCUUCUCGGAAAAGUUUACGCAUCUUCUGGGUAUCGAAUGAACAUAAAGAAAUGCAUCCUAGACUGGGCCUUAUUGGAAGUGGACAGCAACCGUGUCUCCAAGAACAAGUUACCUUCAAUCAACGACAUUCCUAGGGGCUCCCGUGCAUCAUACCUGGCUACAAAAGAGGUUUUGGAUGGACCUGUUGCUCUGGGAGAAGAGAUGGGGGUCUGCAAGACCGGCCGAAGCACUGGAUUCUCGGAAGGGAUGCUAGGUGAAAUCAGAGAGACGGAUAUCCAAUGCUGGUUCCGGGAUGCGAGUGGGAACUGGGAUAAAAGGCGGGGGCUUGCAUAUCUUGUUUACCCAAAGGCUCCUCGGCUUACUUUUGGAGAACCAGGGGAUUCAGGAUCGUUUGUCUUCAGCCUCCAAGGCUCGUUUGUGGGACUGUACAUGGGAGGGGAUCGAGAAGCGGGAACUGGCUUGCUUAUCGAAGCCAGUGACCUAUUGGAGGAUAUCAAACAAGUGACAGGCGCCUUAGAUGUUCGCAUUCCGUCGUGA